AUGGUCAACUUCUGUGUCCACGAACUCAUCUAUGGCCUUAUUAUCAUGACAGGCUCUAUGAACUUCGGCUAUACAGUCGGAUUCCCAUCUCCUUUGGUUCCGUUCUUCAAAGAUUCAUGGGAAAUCUCAACACUGGGAACAACAUGGUUCAAUGCUAUUCUUCCUCUUUUCGCUAUCGUUGGUCCAUUCAUUACAACUUGGCUUCUUACAUUCCUUCCAAGAAGAUUAGUUUUCUGCAUCCUUCAAAUUGCAUCUGCAGUACUUUACUUAAUCAUGCUUGCAUCAUCUAAGAAAGCAUUUGCAGUUAUGAUUGUCAUGAGAGCUCUACAAGGUCUUGUUAUCGGUGGUGUUACAUCAAUUGCACCAACAAUGCUUGUUGAAGCUGCUCCAGCUGGACUCACUGGAUUCUUUGGAAAUCUUAACCAAAUUGGCUGUGUCAUUGGUAUCAUUAUUAUGUACUUACAAGGAAAUUGGACAGUCAACCUCUCAAAGAAUGCCACAAAAUGGUGGUCUCUUGAAAUUACAUGUGCAGUUCUUAACUUUGCUGGUGCUGCACUCAUUUGGAUCUGCCCAGAAACAGGCGCUGUUCAGAAAUCUGAUGCUGAUAACAAGGAAGAGACAAAGAAGGAAUCUGUCUUCCAGAAACAGUAUCUUGGCAAGUUACUUGUUGGUAUUGCUAUGAUGUUCAUUCAGCAAUUCGCUGGUAUCAAUGCAAUUCUUACAAAUCUUGAUGAAAACUUCAAGGAAGUCGGUGCUCCAUUAGAUUCAGGUAUUGCUUCAACAAUUUCCGUCGCUGCUCAGUUCAUUGCUGUUUUCACAUCUGGUUUACUUGUCGAUUGGCUCGGCAGAAGACCACUUUUCUGCAUUUCAACAUGCGGCUGUGGCAUUAUGUUGAUUAUCUUUGCUCUUAACUAUAACUACGGAUGGGCAGAUUGGCUUUCAAUCGUUGUUAUCUUCAUUUACAUGUUCUUCUUCGGAGCAGCUCUUGGUCCAAUCCCAUGGUUCGUUGUUCCAGAACUCUUCCCAGAUUCAGUUAGAUCAAUGGGCGCUUCAAUGAUCUCAAUGGCCAACCAGUUAUUCUCAUUCAUUGUCAUUUUCAUCUUCCCAUGGCUCAAGGGUAAGACAGAUGAGAAUGGUAAGAGAACAUCAGGCAUUGGUCUCAUGUGGACUUCAAUCAUCUUCGCUAUUAUUGCUAUUCUUGGUGCUGUCUUCGGUUUCUUCUAUAUCACAGAACCAGAUGAAAAGAAGGAAGAAAAUCUUGAUUGGGAUGAGAAUAAGCAGCCAAAAGAUGACAGCGAAGAAAAAAUUGAAGCUUAA